AUGCUAUCAGGAAUUUUCCAUGGUCAACAUUUACUUAGGUUUAUAAUGAUAGAGCUUCUCAGUGUCUUACUUUGUGUCAUUUCAGAAUUCGUUGGAACAAAUGAAACCACAUUGAUUACGGAAACACCUGACACCGAAUUCGUUGGAACAAAUGAAACCACAUUGAUUACGGAAACACCUGACACCGCAACAAACACAUUGGAAGAGACUAUUCAGAAUAAUGCCGAUAACUCACUUUUCUCGAAUCAUUGUACUGAUUUUUACGAAACUGCAUGUGGAGAGUGGGAAAAACAGAACCCUUUGUCGGGUGAUAGUGCUAGUUCAAGCGUUAUGCAACAGAUGGGAAUGAACGUUGAUUACUACUUCUGGAAGAUAAUUGCUAACGAUUCAUACUAUAAAGAAGAUUGGCGCUUACAAUCAGCUCGAGCAUUUUACAAAUCUUGCGUAAAUAGUCGAAAUUCAAACACAACGCGUGAAAGUCGUCAUCACUUGAUAGAUAUGUAUUUUGGCGGAUGGCAACUAAUACCAUCACUUUCGACGGAGAUAAAUAAUACGAAUGGGCGAAAUCAAAGUCAAAUGAAUAACAAUCUUACCGAUCUAUUUCUACCAAUAUUAACACAAACUGGACGUUCACCUUUAUUUUCAAUGAACAUCGCAGAGGAUAUUUUUGCCGUCAUAAUUUCACCUGGUCAGUUCGCUUUUCGGACAGAUUUACAGAAGACUGAUAUGGAUAAAUCCGAAGAGGAUUACUACAAGCUUGCAUUUGAAACUGGUGUAACUCAGUCUCAAAAACCACAACUAACGGAUGCUUUCCGAAAAAUGAUUCGAUUAGGCAGAAAGUCGAACGCAAAGAAACAACUCUUGAAAGAAUUUGUGACGAAAAACGAACUACAAUCCAUUUGUCCACAGAUCGAUUGGAGUUAUAUACUUGAAAAAGUAUUACAAGAAACGGGAUAUGUAAAAUUGCACAAACGAUCGAUCAUUAUACAACGGCGAAAUGAACUCCGUCAACGUUGCGCAGAAUACCGUGCUUUAUUGACGGAAAAAGGUGGUGGGAGUACUCUACGCACAAUAGCUAUUAUGGAUUUUUUACGAGAACAACAAAAGAAUACACUAAACGUUCAUACAUUUGGAACGAAUCAUAACUUCAAUUCAUCUUCACAGACACAUUUUGAUGGGCAAUGUAUAAAACGGUUGAAGGAUACAUUUCCAUGGACGCUUGAAAGACAUUAUAUCCGUUCGCAUGUAAACGAAACACACAAAGCAGAGGUGAUCAAUAUGUUUAACGAAAUUAAACUCACUAUAACUAACUCAAUACCAAAAAUUAAGUCGUUUAAUGAAGAAGAAAAAAAAUUCAUGAAACUCAAGGUAUCAAAAAUGGGUAUAUUUGCAUUGUACUCCAGUCAUAAUUCUUCUCAACAAAAAGAAAAUCUCUCAACGGUAUUCCAAUACCCUAUUCGAGAGGACAAUUAUUACACAAAUGAAUUCUAUAUCCGUAAAGCGAAACAUAUUGACACUUUGAAAACUCAGUUAUACAAUUAUAACCCAUCUCUCUCAGGAUCACUGUCACGUCUUGUAUCAGCUUAUUAUGCAAUGGAUGAAAAUCGCAUAUAUGUACACCCAGGACUUCUACAACCUCCACUUUAUUAUGAAAAUGGUAGUUUAGCUUCGAAAUUUGGAGCACUGGGUUGGAUUAUAAGUCAUGAGAUUAUGCACGGAAUAGGUAUCCAAGGUGUACUGUAUGAUGAGAAUUGGAAUAAACGGACUACGUUCGAUGCUUUACUGUCAUCCGGUUUGAAACAUUUGAAUGCUUUAUGUCUGAGUCAUCAGUAUGCUUCCUAUAAUUACACUGGUUUAAAAGCUUUUCGGACUGAUACUCAAGAAGAAAUGUUGGCUGACAAUGAUGGAUUAAAAGCGUCGUACCACACAUACAAGCGUUUGUUGAAGACGUCCUCGAACAAUGUUAGUCAAGGUAACCAUGAUUCACUUGAAUCUGAUCGACUGUUCUUCCUCUCGUCUGCACAAGCUAUGUGUGGACAUCAUGGUGAGCUAAUACUUGCAAAAAAUGCAGUAGUUAUGCCUCAGGUUUCGGAAAAGUUUAGGGUAAUCGGAGCGUUGGUCAAUAGUAGAAGAUUCGCUCGUGCAUAUGGUUGUCCAGUUGGUUCACCAAUGAAUCCUGUUAUAAAAUGCGAUGCAUGGUAA